AACCCUAGCAGCUACCUCUCAGAGCAGAAAAGGGGUGAACUUCCUCCCCUCCUAUCUGUUUCUUUCAGGAUUUCACAUAUAUAGUAAUCAUAAUGAAGAUCUCUUAUAUUCUCUCUUCUUUUAAUAGAAAAUCUCUUGGUAUCUCCAAGUACUGAAAGACAAGGAAAAGAUUUGCUUCCAUUUUGCAGAUCCGGGCUUCAUCAUGACACACACGUCCUCUUCACGGGUUCUUAAUUUUUCAGUGUUCUCAUCAUAGUUAUUGGCUUCUUGAGCUUCAUCUACCCACCUUCUUUGGUAUCAAGCUUUUCAAGCUAAUCAGCUAUGGAUUCUGGUAAUAGUGGAAGCAUGUCUUCAAGUGGUGGUGAUCAAGAACUUGAUAUUGUUUCACGGCCUGAAUCCGUCUCAAGGUUUGUGAAUUCUUCUUCUCAUCCUACUAUACAAUUUGGUGGCUCCUCCGACAACAAUCCGACUCUGUUUUCGCAAUACCAAAACCACCACCAACCCAAUACACCUUUCGAUCUUUCAUCCAAUUAUCUCCAGGCAUUGUCUCAAUCUCAGUCACCAAACACAAGCCACAACUUCCUGCUAAAUCAAAGAUCCGAUCAUCAAUCAAACGCUGCCACCAAUACUAGAUCAGAUCAUCAACAAGCCAACUGCACCAACUCGAUUGUAAACCUACCAGGCUCAUCAUCAUCAGCUCACCAAGCUCCAUCGAUAUCGGAUACACCAAGGGGAAGCUAUUCGUCUGCAAAGCCCAGUUCUUUGAUCCGAAACUCGAAGAAGAGGACGAGAGCUUCUAGAAGGGCGCCCACAACUGUUCUGACCACCGACACCUCGAAUUUCCGAGCAAUGGUGCAGGAAUUCACUGGGAUCCCAGCACCGCCGUUCUCGGCAGGGUCAUCAUCCUAUUCUCGAAGGCUCGAUAGUAUCUUCGGGUCUGGAUCUGUCUACCCUUUACGUCCUUCAGCUCAAAAGGUUCACCAACAAACCCCUUUUCUAUCUUCUUCUUCUUCCUCAUUGUUGAUGAGUAAUAGUGUUGGUAUGGUUAAUAAUGUUCCUAAUGUUGCCACUAGUAGUAUUAGUCAUGAUAUGAACAACUUCAAUUUCACCCAUCAAAACCUAGUUGGGAAACAGCUGCCUCAUCAUCAUAAUAUGAUGGUAAACAUGCAAACUCCAAAUCUCAGUGCAUUUCAGUUAUCUUCUCUUCCUCAUCAUCAUGAGCAGCAGCAGCAGCAGCAGCCACCUCCAUUCCACUCUUCCUCAAUUAACUUUGGGGCAAAGCCUAAUGGGGACAGUACUACUUUGCCUUUACAUUCUCUUGAAAAUCAAUUCGGUGUGACUAUGAGCCAUGGCUAUUUAAACACAAACCUUGGUACUGCUGAUGGGUCAACACUGCUGCCAUUGAGGAGUGAUCAUGAUCGUAAUGUUAGAUGGAGAGAUCAUGAACUUGGGUUGGGCGCCGUCAGUGAUGGGAGAGGAAUACUAGAUCAAAAUCACCAAUUGAGGCCUAAUUUGGAUCAUUGGGAUAACUAAUUCAUCAAGAUCAAACACCAGAGAUGAGGCUACGGUUGAUUCAUGGAUUUGCCCUUCAGACUAGACCCUCUAGCUAGCUAGCUAGAUAAGUAGAUAAUGAAGAUGGAGAUGGCAUGGUUAUGGUCAUUGUGGUGGUGAUAAUUGAUGGAGAAGCUAGGUAGCUAUAUACCUUAGCAAAUUUUUGUUCUUAAUUAGCCUUAUUAAUCAGUCGCCAUGCACCUCUCCUUUCAUUUUGCUGUAAAUGAUUAUAAAUUAAUCCAGUUUUCUA